AUGUCGUUAGCCGGCCUCAAAAAGCAGUUCAACAAGGCCAAUCAGGUAAGAAUUUUUUUAUUUGUUUGCUUCAAGUUUAGGUAAAGGUACUUUAUGAACUGCUAAUCAGUUCUGCAUCAAAAAACUUCUAUGUUUCCGGCUUUUGAGGGGAAUGCCGGCCAUUUUUAUGUUGUACUAGGUAUUUGGUCUAAAGUGAUCUAAAAACGAGUAAAAAUCUAUAUUUUUUUGUUUGUAAGGCUGAUAAAAUGUAAAAUCCUUGUAGUAAAAGUAAUAAUUUGUCUAUUCCAAGCUGUUGGCAUAUAGAAAUCACAGAUUUUUCUUCUGUUGCUAUGUGUAAUAUAAAAUCUUUUGUUUCAGUACCUCAGCGAGACGAUGGGGGCGGCCGAGGCCACAAAAUUGGAUGAAGAGUUUAAUGAGAUGGAGAGAGUAAGUCAAUCUGCUAUAUUUUUUGAAUUUCUUCCACUUUUAGGUAUUAUCUUAUCCUUGACUGACCCUUCAAAUUUCAGAAGAUAGAUCUCACGUAUGAGCUGGUUGGCGCCCUGACGGCUGGGACCAACGAAUAUCUGCAGCCGAACCCGGCGACCCGCGCCAAGAUGGCGGCGAUGGGAGCGAUGAGCAAGGUCCGAGGGACGACCAAGUCCCAGUCCUAUCCGCAGACCGAGGGUCUGUUGUCGGAGACGAUGGCCAAGUAUGGACGCGGCCUUGGCGACGACUCGGACUUGGGCAAAGCGUUGGUGGACGCGUCCGAGGCGUUCCGCCAAAUGGCUGACAUAAAAUAUCAGCUGGAGGAUGUGGUCAAGCACAAUUUCCUCGAUCCCAUCACACACUUGUUGAACAAUGAGCUUAAGGAUGUGAAUGUAAGUGGGUGUCGCUGCGACUUGUAGCUGAUUUGUUGGAUUUGGACUGCUUUUAUUGUCGAGGGGAACACUUGACUCGAAACCGAAGGGUUUGGGUCAAGUGUUUCCCUCGACGGAAACUGGCGGAGUUUCACCCGGAAAUGUGUAUAAUUGAAGUUUAUACAAAUUUCUGGAAUAAGAGACAAAAUUUUUAGUUAUUUUCUGCUUGUUUGAAUAGCAGAUUAUGCUUUUUUUGAAAAUUUUUGGUCAGUUUUUCACAUUUAAUUUCAGUCGCACCGUGCGAAACUGAAGGGCCGCCGACUGGACUAUGAUUGUAAAAAGCGAAAGCAAACCCGAGACGAAGAACUCCUCCAAGCCGAGGAAAAACUCGAAGAAUCCAAACGACUCACCGAACAGGCCAUGUUCAAUGUCCUGAGCAAUGAUGUAAGUCCAAUUUUUAUUUUGUUUUUUGCUUUUUAGGAAAUUUGAGCUCCUUUUGUUCUAUUGUAAGAAGUUCUGAAUCCAUCUUUCAAAUUUGGUCAUAAUUUUCGACCUUAUUUUAGGUGGAACAGAUCUCUCAAUUGAAGGCGUUGGUUGACGCCCAACUCGACUUCCAUCAACAGACUCUGCACGUCCUGGAGAACCUCAAAGGCCAACUGGACAACAGGGUAAAGGAGUGCUGUUCGAGACCGAGAAGAGAUCAUUCGGUGAAGCCGGUUCUAAUGGAUCGGACACCAAGAAGCAGGUAAGAAGUGUAUUUAUUUGUUGUAGUUUAGUGUGAAAUUAGGAGGGCAUAGUGGUAAGACGGUUUGGAAAAUACCAGUCCGUGGAAUCAGUCGUUUUUCAAAGGCUUUUGGUGAUUUUUCGUAUAUUGUUUUAGAUAGAAGUGGGUGAUUUGAAACGGCUGUGGUUCGAAAAUGGUUGAAGAUAGAGCCUUCAAUUUUGGAGGACUGUUAAUAGGACCUCCAAAGAUUUUGACUUCAAAAAAUGAAGAUUCGGGCUUGAUGAUUACUGUAAUUAUGGGUCAUUUUGUCAAAGGUUGUUUUUUGAUGUCAAUUUAAUUUUUUUUUUAUUUUUGAGGUUAUCACUGCAAAUUGAUGGUUGAUCUGGUGUGUAAUUAGGAUGAUGCAGUAGUAAUGAAAAUUGUAAAAUACGGGUUUGUUAAAUUUUGAGACCCUUCGGUAAUUUUUCGGAUAUUGUUUUAGAUAGAAGUGGGUGAUUUGAAAUGGCUGUGGUUUGAAAAUGGUUGAAGGUAGAGACUUCAAUUUUGGAGGAGAGCUAGUAGGACCCUCAAAGAUUUUGGUUUCAAAAAAUGAAGAUUCGAUGUUGAGGAUUACUUUAAUUUUUGGGGCAUUUUGUGAAAGCCAAAUUUUUAAGUCAGUUAAAAAAAAAAAAGAUUUUUGAGGUUAUCACUGCAAAUUUAUGGUUGAUCUGAUGUGUAAUUAGAAGGAUAUAGUGGUAAGGAGGUCUGGAAAAUAGGAGUCCAUCGAAUUAUUUGCUUUUUUAAGACUUAUGGGGAUUUUUUCGGAUAUUACUUUAGAUAGGAGAGGGUAAUUUGAAAUGCCUGUGGUUUGAAAAUGGUUGAAGUUAGAGACUUCAUUUUUGGAGGACGGUUAGUAGGACCCUCAAAGAUUUUGACUUCGUUAUAUGAAGAUUCAUCGUUCAGGAUUACUGUAAUUUUUGGGCGUUUUGUAUAAGCCAAAUUUUUGAUGUCAAUUUAAAAAAUUUUUUAAUUUUUGAGACUGUCACUGCAAAUUGAUGGUUCUGAAGGAUAAAUUAUGAAAUAACUGGCCUAGUAUGACUUGUUACACUAUUUUUUUGAUUCAGUUUAUUGUGAAAGUAACAUUUUUUUUGUUUUUUUUAAUUUUGAUGCCAUUUUUUGGUAUAAAUUUUGAUUUUUCAGAUCUCCGGUCUCGGGCGUGGUCGCCGGCACCAACAAUCUCAACUUCAACGACGCCCCCGCCGCUCCGCCGGCCCAGAACGGCGGCACCGCACACUUUACGCCGAGCGCAGCGCCCGCGCAAAGCAAACCCCAGCCCACCUGUAAAGCGCUCUUCGAUUUCGAAGCCCAAAACCCCGGCGAGUUGGAGUUCAAGGAGGGCCAAAUCGUGGAGCUGAUCAGCCAGGUGGACGAGAACUGGUACGAAGGCCGGGUGAACGGAAAGACCGGCUUCUUCCCCAUCUCUUAUGUCCAGGUCCUGGUGCCGCUGUAA